AUGAUCAAAAGCGACACCAAGAGCGACCGCGGGCUGAGAAGCGCUUCUCCCCACAGAAAUGCAUACAAGUCGGACUUCCACUCAAUCAAGUGCUCCUUUGAUGGAGCCAAAUCGGGUAGUGCCUCUGUCACAUAUGCAAAUGGUGGAAAUGAUCCGGGCACCGAGACGCGAGGCAGGGCGUCGGGGGCCAGGGUAAACAAAAUCAAAAACAUUUUUCUUCAAAUGGACAGCCAGCAACAAGUCAGCAGUCCAUCCUCCACCAGACCUGGUUUGCCAAAAUUUCAGCAUGGAUCCGGCUCAUACCGGUCCAGUUUGAGCAGUGUGUCUAGCUUGGAGUCAGCCACUUCAGAAAAGAUGUCUAAGACAGAGGAAGUUUCUGUUGACAAAACCGCACUGGCGGAAAAGUUCUCAGUAACCAGGAGGAUAUUUGAGACGGGUCAGAAAGAUCCAACUCCCGCUGAGAGGCCAUUCCCUGGCAAAGUCAUCAGCCGUCCCUCUUUGAGCAGUACACCGGAGGAGGGGAGACGUGUGAAGAGGCUGACGAGCACCUCCGAGAGAGCAGACGAAAGCAAAGCAGUGACGGGGAAGGAGGAAAGACAGGACGGCGAGACUCCGUCACACAAACCUGGUUUGUCAAAAAAUGCAGGGCCCAUAUCUAGAAGACUGGAGAGUUUCAUGAUGGACAGUGACAGUGAAGACUUAGCUCGAAAAAACGAAUACCCUUCGGGGGAUGACCAGAUCCCAGACUCAUCCAGACCCAAUGGCCACUCCCCACCAUCCUCUCCAAGCAGCAGUCAUUUAGAUUUAUACUCAUCCCCUGCUAGUGUCAGCUCCUCCAAAUCUCAUUCAUCAUCAUCGUCUACUACUGCUCCAACCACCUCAGAUACCAAGUCACCCAACACAAGUAAAUCCCAGUCUGGCUCAGACCCUCACCAGUCAAUGAAUGGAUUGUGCGUGGAAGAGCCGUCUCCCCUUGGCAGUCAUGGCUCUGGUACUUCAGCCAAAGACCAUAGCGAUGACUCCUCAGCACUCUCUUCCAUAAUCCAAGCCCCUGGAAAUGAACAAAAGGCCCAGCAUUGUAAGGAGGCACAGAGACAGGGUGUAUCUAGGGUUGGAGGUACAGGGGUGGCUACAGUCAGGGCUGAAUUAGUACAAGUCCAAAACGAGUCGUCUGAGAGUGAGAGUAAUGGGGAUGAACACAUUGAAGAUGAUGUGUUUGAGGAAAUAAGAACAGAAGAAGCUCAUUCUGUUGGUCAUUCAAAAACAAAGAUGACUGAUGGCAAGGAGGCCCAAUCAGCGGUCGAGGUGAAGGAAUCAGGAAGAAGUUUAGAGCACAUGGAGGAGGGCCGUAGGGAGGAGACAGAGAGUACGGCAAAUGUAGGAGAGGAAGUUCAGGGGAAGGAGGAAGAGUUGGCUAAGAGAGGGAGAAUGCAGAAAGAGGAGGAGGAGCAAGAAGAAGAGGAGAAGGACAACGCAGUGGACAAACAGAAAGAAAAAGUGGUGGCCGUUACCCGAUGCAAGACUGAAAUGAGAAAAAAUGAACAGAUUGAUGAGGAUGUGGAAAAGAGAGGUGAGCAUGAAGAACGGGAAGAAGAGGACGAGGAAGGUUUGCAGGAAGCUGAGGCUGAAAUGCUAGAGGAAGAUGAUGAUGGUUUGGGAAAAAAAUCUGAAAUUCAUGGGAUUGAGAAUGCAGCUUUCGUGGAUGACAGGGAAAAGGAUUAUCAACAGGAAAAUGGAGAAUAUUUAGAGCCGGAAUAUUUGGGGGAAUGUGAAGAACUUCCAGGACUCUCUGAUGAAGAGGCACCAACACCUGGGAGGAAGAUCAGAUUUUCCACCUCACCUAUUAAGGUGUACAGUACCUACUCUAAUGAGGAGUACGACCGGAGAAAUGACGAUGUGGACCCUGUCUCCGCCUCGGCCGAAUACGAGCUGGAGAAGAGGGUGGACAAGAUGGAUGUGUUCCCUGUGGAAAUCCAAAAAGGACAGGACGGUUUGGGGAUCAGUAUAAUCGGAAUGGGUGUAGGAGCAGAUCAGGGUCUGGAGAAGUUGGGCAUCUUCGUCAAAACCAUCACCGAAGGGGGAGCGGCCCGGCGUGACGGACGGAUUGAGAUUAAUGAUCAGAUUGUGGAGGUGGAUGGAGUCAGCCUGGUUGGGGUCACUCAGCAGUUUGCUGCCACUGUGCUCAAGAACACUAAAGGCCUGGUGAAGUUUCUGAUUGGUCGGGAGAAGCCUGGGGUGGAGAGCGAGGUGGCGCGCCUCAUUAGUGAGACGCUGGAGCAGGAGAAAAGACCCCAAAGCCAGGAGCCUCAGGAUGUGGGUCAAAAAAGGCAGGAGCAGCAGCAGCUUCAGGAGCAACAGAGAAAGAAGGAGGUGAAUAAGAGAUCCGCUCAGGAGGUGAGACACGGUGAGAAACUGACUGAGGAAGAGGAGGAUAGGACAGAGAAAGAGGGAGAUCUCUCCUAUGACUUGACAAAGGAAGUUUUUGACCAUUUGAUGAGUCAAGGGGUGUAUCUGUCUUCUGAUAUGGACCCCAAAGAACUAGAACAGAGAUUCAGAGAGCUUCAGGUCAAGUAUAGUGCAGUAACAGCCGAAGUGAAAGAGUUGAGAGAAAAGCUUUGCGCGUGCGAAGCGGAACGGGUGGUGUGGGAGAGUCGCAGGGAGGCCCUGGAGAAGACGGUGGAGGAGAGCAAAGAACGCGUGGAGAGGUUGGAGCGGCACUGGCUGGACGCCCAAGGCCUGUGCAAGACCAUCAACCAACGUCUGAACGACGCCAAGACCCAAAACGACGCCCUGCAGCUAAAAUACAUCAACACCAGCAAACAGUUGGAAGAGUACAAGCUGAGGGAAGCAGACUUGGAGAAGAGAGAAGAGGAGUUGAGGAAAACUCUGGCAGAGAGAGAGAAAGAAUACAGACGCAAACUCGUUAAGCUUCAUCAGCAGAUAUCUGCUUUAGAGGGUAGAGAAUGUUCCGAGCAGGCUGUGGAGGAGUUAUCCAGUCCCGCAGGACAAAGUCAACGCAGUAGCCUAACGUCUGGUUCCUCUGAGAGGAAUGGACAGUCCACAGACGACCUGCUGUCUGACCAGGACUGGGGCGAGCUGGUUCCCCACACAAACCGUCUGGACUGCAGCGCGUCCCGAGCCAAAGCUCAGCUAGCCCAAGGUUCGCGGCGCAAACGACCGUCCCGCAACAAACUCAGAGAGUCCGCCAGGAGUACAAACAACCAAUCACAGCAAGAGGAGAACGGGGAGAAUCCAGAAGCCAGCAGGCGAAGGUCUUACCUCGAAAGUUUGUCCCUCCCCGUGCCGACCCUGCAGCCCGGCCAGGAACGAGAGAGCGGGGAGGGCGGCCUGUCUGCCUCUGCCUCCCUCAAAGCCUACACCCCUCAAGCGGAGAGCAGCGCGAAACUUCCUCAUUUGUCUCCUCCCAAAGACAGCUCGACGCCCCACUCUCCCUCCUCUUCGCAUUCCUCCUCAGGUCUCCUCCACGGCCUCAGGAAAAGGUCAAAGAGCAAAGGUCGAUUCACGAGCAGCAGGAGCAGAGAUGAAGAGAAUGAUGGAUCAUUAACGAGGAAGUCCAAGAGGAGAUUUCCAGACUUCAGUGGCCUACGGAGAUCUGGGCACAAGAGCAGUAAACAUGACAAGGACAGUGUGAGAAGCCCCGUUGACAGCAGGGGCCCCGGGGAACCGGUGGAGGAGUCCAGCGGGAACGUGUCCCCCUCCAGCUCCACCACCUCCAUCCCCUCCUGUAUGCCCUUUCCCUGGUUCGGGGACAAAGAGAGAGAAAGAGGGAGAGAAAGAGAGCGUGAGAAAGAACACUCCCUUUCCAGCAGCAGUCUGCCUCACACCCCUUCACAGGGAGUACCAGAAGACGUCCAGGAACGCAGGAACAAGACCCAUUUUUCCUGGCCUUCCCUCCUUUCUCAUUCCUUAGAUUUGAGUCUGUCUGUGACGGACGAGUCGAACCCGAGCAGUCCCCGCUCUGUGCUGAUGGGGUUAGUGAGUGAACCCCGAUUCCCAGGGCGCUCUCACACUCUCGCCUUCUCCUCCUGCGAGACGCUGGAUGACGAACCUGCCCACGCAGGGCGGGAUUACGUGUGGCAGAACCGCCCUGUUUUAGAAUGGACCAAUCAACAGGUCUGUCACUGGUUGAUGGGCAUGAACAUGGAGCAGUACAUAUCUGAGUUUACAGCUAAGGGUGUGGAUGGUCAACAGCUCAUGAACCUGGACAGCACUAAGCUCAAGGCACUGGGAGUGUCCAGUCACAAACAUCGUUCAACCAUUAAGAAGAAGGUGCAAAUGAUGAGAAAAGCACAAGACAAGCUGGAGAAACAACAAGCAAAGAGAGAGAAAGAGGAAGAGAAGAAAAAGGAGAAAGAAGCCAGGAGGAGCGGAGGAAGAACAGCCAACUCUUAUUCCCCAUCCUGA